UGGAUAUUUUCAAAAUCAUAUCUGUUGUAGUUUUUAAAUUAUUUUUUCGUAACAUGACAUGACAUAACUUACACUUAAUCACAGAAAACGUCAAGACCGUUUGACGUUUUGCGGACAGGCGUUUAUGUGGACAACUAAACAGAACGGGCGGUAGAGGACCCCGCGAAAAAGCAGUGGGAUUCAAAAUUCAAAACAAACCCGACAUCGCAGUUGAAGUGUUUACUCUGAGCUAGCUGGCUGUUACAGACACGACAUAGCUCCUCAUUUGAAAACGAGUAAUAAUAACAUGGACGCGGAUGAAAAGCACGACUCCAGCACAAACGAGAAAUCUGUGGAAAUCCCUAAACCGCCUUCAAUCGAGGAUUUCAUCAUUUUGAAGCCGAUCAGCCGCGGCGCUUUUGGCAAGGUCUACCUCGCACGGAAGAAGUGCAAUGCGCGAUUAUAUGCCAUUAAGGCGAUGAAGAAAGCAGACAUGGUUGAUAAAAACAUGACGGGCCAGAUGAAGGCGGAGAGAGAUGCACUUGCUUUGAGCAAAAGCCCCUUUGUGGUUCACCUGUUUUACUCCCUUCAGACAGCCACCAAGAUCUAUCUGGUAAUGGAAUACCUUAUUGGUGGAGACGUCAAAUCUCUGCUUCACAUCUAUGGGUAUUUCGACCAGGAUAUGUCCGUAAAAUACAUUUCAGAGGUCGCACUAGCUUUGGAUUACCUCCAUCGCCACGGUAUAAUCCACAGGGACUUGAAGCCAGACAACAUGCUUAUAUCCAAUGAAGGUCACAUCAAAUUAACAGACUUUGGCCUUUCUAAAGUCAAGCUUGACAGAGAGCUGAGUCUUAUGGAUAUCCUUACUACUCCAUCCUUGGCUAAACCAAGUAAAGAUUACUUCCGCACCCCGGGCCAAGUUCUCUCCUUAAUCAGCUCCCUUGGAUUUAAUACACCUGCAGGAGAAGGCAAACGUCACUGCAGCGCAUCUGUGAUGUCUAGUCCCUUGUCCUGUGGCAAAACGAAACGGAAGAACAACUCUCUUGGGUCUCCCUGGAUGAAGACAAAAGAUCAGCUGUACUCUCCGACUCGCUACCCUUGGAAAAUGGAAACAAACAACACUGUGUUUAGUCAUCACAACGUGGCUAAAAAUCUGACACCCACACUGCUGAAGACCAGGAAGAGGUUUGAGACGAUGAGUGCGGGCAGCACCACCGACACAGAAGGUGGUGUCAGCCCACUGUGGGAGUGUGAGGAGAAAGAAAAUGAACAUACUAAUGAACAGAAGAGGAAAGGACACUGGACUGAACAGGACUGUGCAUCAACAAUACAAAGCUUCUCUGCCAAAGCCACCAGCAAUCGGUCAACUGAGCCAAAUCCAGACCAUCUCGCAGAAAAGAAGCCACACACCAACAGUUUGGGGUCUGUUUCCACAGCACGGGAUCCUGUAUGUCCAUCAGCCUCAUCUGUAAAGAGAACGUUUUCUGAUAUUGAGAGAAGUCCCGAGCCAUUGGAGAUCCAAGCCAAGAAGAGUAAUGCACACUAUAAGAGAUGCUACGAGAUUCCAGAAGAGACUACAAGGUUUCACACUGGCCUGACUGGAACAUUUUCCACCAUCCAAAUAGGCGACUUCAUGGCUUCCACUGAGGGGAUAGGGCUAGCUGAAGACCGGUUCCCAGUGCGCUCCAGUCCCAUUGCCAUUGCCAAGAGUCUGUUCUGUGAACUGGAAGAUCCCACGAAGGACGUAUUUGACGAUGGAGCCAAAGACUUGUCACAUUCAAGUUUCACGUCGCCACUUGCUGGGACCAGUAACAUUUGCAGGAGCUUGAGCCUGGACUCUGACGGGUCUAUGCAUGAAACGUCCCUCACGGUUGACAGCCAUGCAUCUCACAAGCCAAACGUGUGUUCCAAAAGCAGGACUUCAGCAUCACCUGAGGAGCAAGCAGAAAAUAAAAACUCAUCCAUCAUUGAAUCCCUCCCACAUACUCCAUCUGCUGUUAAUAGUCAAACACCCAAACUUGGUAACUUUAGCAGGAGAGGUGAAUCCCAGUGUUCUUUUUUUAACCGGCUGCCUGAUCUGGCCAGCAGUGUUGCACAGUCCCCGUCAUUCCUCAAGCCGCGAAAUGUUGUAGCUUUCCGUAGCUACUGUAGCUCCAUCAACCGCUCCAACAUGUCAGGGGUGUCCCGAUUUAGCGUCGGGUCUAUGGAGGCUAUGGACCUGUCUACAACAGCUUCCUAUCACACUGCGUCUGGCACUGCAACACCAGUGCAGAAAAGACCCGACUACAACAGCUCUCUCUAUCAGACUCCUCAGCCCAUGUCGACCUCUCACACCCCUUACAGGACUCCAAAGAGCGUCAGAAGGGGGGCACUGCCGGUUGAGGGUGCACCCAUUUUAGGAACUCCUGACUAUUUGGCUCCAGAGCUUCUUUUGGGAAAACCACAUGGAAGUUGUCAGUGUGGUAAGUUUAUAAUGAUAUUCACUGUUUUUUGCAAGCGAGCUUGCAUGAUCCCCCAGCCUGCUAAUACGCUACUGGAAAUGAGCUGAUUCUUCCCCCAUUUUCCUGUCCUCCUCUGGGUCUCUUUUUGCCCCGUGGACUGGUGAAUAAACUAUUGGCCUGGGAAGGGGACAGCAUUUUAAAUGUGUGAUUACAAAGGCAAAAACAAUGGGAUUGUCUCCUAACAUUGAACUAACACCAUUGUUAAAAGUUUGGGAAUCAGAUUUGUUGAGGCUGAAAGGCUAAGGCUGAGGCUUUUAACUGAAUAAAAAAGGGGUCUCUACUCUUCAAAUCUGUGGAGUUUGGGUAAUCAUUGCACACAGUCAGUGUGCUAUGGCAGUGGCUUUAUUUUUUACAUUUAGCAACUGACAUGCAAAUUGUCAUCUAAUAGGAAGGUAUUGAUCUGUCAUGCUGUUAUUCAUUCAAAUGUGAACACGCUGAUGGCAGUGUUUCCUGUCAGCUGCACAAUCCCAUUUUAUAGCAUGAUUGCUGCUAUUUGAAAUCAUGUCUGUGACAUGAAUUAUACUCUGUGGCAGUAUUUAUUGGCUGUCAAGCAUUUUUGAACUCUAAUAAUAGAUGGUAGUGUUAAUUGUGCUUUUUAAAAUCCCCACAGUUACUGAGAAUCAAAAUGACUUUAAAACAAUAAUGGUAAUAUUGUAAUAUCAAGGAUCACGUGUGUUACAUGUUGAAUUUUCAUUGGAUUUAUAAAAUGAAAGCAGAGACGGAGGUUUGCUUGUUAAAAGGUGUCCCAUCAAAGUAAACUAUUGCUGUAAAGAAAAUUCUUAAUCCUGUAUGUUUGAAAGAAGGAAUAUAAAGUCAGUACAGAGAAGCUGACUCCCUCCAUCCUCAUGCUAACUUAGUCCCUGCUUCUGCCACCGCAGUACAAUCAGUGCACACACUAACUGGAAUCACAGGUUAAACUGGAACUGAUUGAAGCCAGCAGCUGUAUGAAAUGUGACACUUGUUUUCUCCCCCCCCUCC